GGAGGCCGUGAUGAUUCACUAUUUUAAGAGUACACUAUAUUUAGCGUCACGUUAUUCCCCUCAAUUGAUCAGUGUUAUAUUCAUACGUUUGGCAAGUGGCAAGAGGGUAGCCUUCGUAUCACAAGCAUUUCAAGCUGAUUCCUCGAACAGAUCAGAUCGGUGAAACAUAGAAACCUGUGAGUAGAACGGAGACCGAAGGCUGCAAUGGCGCCCACCUUGUCAACUGCUCGCCAGGAAUACCUUGAUGCCCUGGUUGUAAGUUUGGUUGACGGAGAGGCGUUGUCUAACUGCGCCACUGAUCACGUGACACAACUGGGCGUGGACUUAAUGAGAGGUUUGGAGGAGAAGUACCGCCAUGUUGGGGAAGUCAUGCUACAAAGGACGGGUUGCCUUGACGAUGUUCGAACACUGUACCUCGAGGUAGAGGCACAAGCUCUUGCAGAGUUCCAUGCUCACAUAAAGGCAGCUACAACAUCCGGUCAUGUUGAUGAUACCCACCGUCACCGCAGAGCUAUCCAGGUGUGCUAUACGGAUCUGGUUAGAAAUAUUGACAUCAAGAACACCACCCUGUCAGAUGAGUUUGUCGCUCAAGGCGUCAUCGAUGCCGAGGACGCCGACUCCAUGACAGGGAUAAAGUCAACAAAGGCUGCGAACGAAGCCUUCCUAAAACGAGCUUGCAUUAUGUUUGCAUUUGAACAAUUUGUGGACACCUUUCUCCCAACUCUGUCCUCAUAUGUGCCGGAAGGUCUUUCAAGGAAAUUACGAGAUUUGAUGGAUUCCGAGCCCCCCGGAUCUGUCAACAAAUGCCCAGUGUGUCAAGUGAAAGCGUAUGUCAACCCAAGACACAUUGCAGAUGAAUUGUUUGAGAUGACCGCCAUUUCAUUCAACCUACAUUCGGACCUAAAGAAUACGACUCUUAGUUCUGAAUCCAGGUGGGCACGCAUCGUUGACACUGUGAAACGACCAGGGGAGAUCGUAGAGGCAUUGGAGAAGAUUCUUCCGUGUCCUGUCUUUGAGGAAUUCAAACUUGGAAGGGUUGACGCAUUCGUCUGCAGAUGUCCUGUUUCAAUGGGAGAAAAUGGUAUGGCUGAGGUUGCUGAGAUGGGAACAGCGGAACAGACAGUUCCUGAUAGUCUGCAAGAUGAAAGAAACACUGAAACUGCCAAUGAAGGUACAAACUGCCAUGCCCACAGGACUGGUCUUCAACGGGUACAUCGCCAGUUGGUGACUUCCUUACAAGGAAGAGGGCCGGAAUUGUUGGAGGAGUUGGCCGAAAUGAACGCCAUCCAGGACUGCGACGUAAGAUCAAUAGCAGCAAUGUCAAAUGGGAAGAUGCAAGCUGAGGCUAUUCUCAGAAUUGUUCAGGAUACGCUUUCGAUUGGGCAGUUCGUGGAGAAAGGUCUGCCCAUAAUAUCUUCAUCCUGUCCUCAGUCAGUGUAUGAAAAACUGCGGACAGCCGUGUGGGUAAACUUGGCAAUGCCUGAACCCACCAUAUGCAGUGUGUGUCAGACAAGAAAUAGAAUUGACCCAAAACGACUUGCAGACAUCUUCUUAGAAAAGGAAUGUAUCACCGUGAACGUGCACAGUAACUUAAAAACAAGUGGAAUUAGUAAAGAAGAUAAAUGGGACAUGAUCUGUAAGAAUGUUCCCCAUGACGUCAUCCUUGCAGCUCUGAAGGAACAGUGUCCUGGCUUCUACGAAGACGCGCGCUUAGAAGAUGUCACCAUGUUUGACUGUCACUGCGACAGUGACACCCUCAGCGCCACCCUCGCGGACGUCGCCUGCAUGGAUGACGUCGAAAGUGUUGACGGCAUCGCUGAUGCUCCAGUGGAUAUUGACUCAGGAGAGAGACAGUCGAGGGCUGACCGAUCAAGGAGAAUACGAGAGAUAUUUGUACAGCACUGCAAGAGGACCCACAACAGAAGAACAGAAACAGAUGGCACGCACGUGCACACUUCACAUGAACAGGAGGACAUACCUCCGGCAGACAGGACCACCAUUUACACACAAACUGGCACCGACAGGAAAGCUGUCGUCACAUCUCCUGUUGAUGACCUGGGUCUGUAUGCCCACUACCAUCGGAAUGGAUUCUUCACACGCUUUGUGUUCGAUGCGUGUGUAUUGUAUUCUACAGUAAGCAUUGCCUUUGUGCAGGAGUUACUAGGUCACAAGGAACUGUCUCAUUUCCGGUUCUGUGUGAAAGAUCAGGACUUCCUCCCUGGAGGCAGAAUUGCAGGACAGUUUUUUGAACUUAUCGACAAGAGUCGCACUGUCAUUGUGAUAAGAGAUAGGUGUCUUGGAGGCAGUUGGUGGGAAGAAUAUCAAGCAGCUGUAGUGUGUGGAGCCAUUUCCCGGAACAGGACAAGGGUUCUAAACAUUCUUUAUGACAACGCAACAAACUCGAGAAGACCAACAGAACUCUUUGGGAUAGGGCUUACCCUUUCAUUCCCACAAUCGGAAGUUCAACGGGAGAUAUUUUGGAAACAAGUUUGCAAAUUUCUUAUGCGAUGAAAGU